AAAAUGAAGUCAGAAGUGAUGAACAGAACGCAUUCAUUCAUCAAAAAUCAGAUGAAAUAGAAAAAAAUAAAUUUCAGAUGCCAAAGGGUUGGGCACUUCCAGAAAACACAAAAUUCAGCAAAAAAGGCAGUAGAAAAAAAAUUAAAACCAAGGUCAUUGACUAUCUAAAACAAUUUUUUCUUAAUAGUAAUCUAAACCCCAAAGACAAGCUUACAGCCAAAGAAAUGUAUGAGGAGUUGUUGGAGCUUACACAUUCUGGAGAAAUCGAUGAGGACUAUGUGCCCAAAGUUAUCACUAUUCAAAACUGGAUUGAACAAUAUUUGAGGGAAUUUAACUAA